UAAAAAGACUGGUACUUUUUUCUUUUAUUUUUUUUUUAUUAUUGGAAAACUCCAUAAUUAAAUUAAAAAAAUUAUGGAGAGUUUAUACCUUUUUUUUUUCAUCCUCUUCAACUGAGUAAGUUGAGAGAGAAAAAGCAGAGAAUAAAAAGAGACCAGAUGUUGACAAAUUUCGUGUCACUGUUCUUGGAAGGUCGUUUGUUUGUGUGGAGAUUUCUUAUCUGGGAUAUCUCUUAAACUCUCUCUCUCUCUAUCUAUCUAAAAAAUGAUUAUUAAAUUUUGAUUAGUAUUAAAUAUAUACAGUUGCAAAGAAUUCAUUUUUUUCCCUUUUAAUAUUUCCUAUUAGGCUUUGUAGCUUUCUCUUCAAUAGAGAGAGAAAGAGAGAGAGUGUGUGUGUGGCCCAGCAGAUCGAAAGAUCUCUAGUUGAGGUUGAUGAGGAUCUGAGCUUCUUUAAUGGAGUUAUCAAGCAGCCCACUUGCUUGUAUCUUUGUUUCACUUUCCUAUUAUUGAGUAUUUCUUUUUCCAUUUCCCCUUUUAAUGCUUUUUCCAUUUUUCUCAUUUGGUAUAGUGUGAAAGCCUCUGAAAAAUUUCACAAUUCUUGGUCCGUGUGUACUUGGAGAUACAACUAACUGGGAGAUUUAAUUUAAUCCAUGAGGGUUUCUUGAGGAGGUGGUUUCAAGAUGUGGGUCUGAGAUAAACAUAUCCUCUACAGGAAUGGGAACAAAAAUACACUGUGAAAGCUACUUGCCGGAAUUUUACUCGAUGAGGGAUCUUAAUGAGAAUUCUAGCAUUAGUAGUUGGCCCUUUUUUUGCGGGGAUAGGAAUUUACCAAACGGGCAGCAUUGCAAUGGAUUCAUGCCUAGAAGUUCAGUCGAUGGUUAUCCAGUGCACGAAAAGGAUGCUCUGAAGCAAAAAAUUCUCGAACAUGAGGCCGUAUUUAAGAAUCAGGUGUUUGAGCUCCACCGUUUAUACCAAAUCCAAAGGGACAUGAUGGAAGAAGCCAAAAGGAAAGAGCCCAAUAGAAAUCGGGCUUCAAUGGAGCCCGCUGCUUCAUCAUCAAAUCUUCACAAUGAGGAGGCCAAAAAGAAAUGGCACAUGGCAGGUUUUUCUCUACCGAAUUCUAGUUAUUGCAGAACAUCUAUUCCGGGGUUAGAAAUCGUCAAUUCUCCCACGAGUUGCUUGAGAAUAAACACACCACAGCCCUGCGGUAAGCCUUUGUUUGAGAACGGGCCCACUUCGAAGGUGGACUCUGACGGGCCAAGGCCCACUAAGGUGAGGAAGAGAUUGUUUGAUCUUCGUCUUCCGGCUGAUGAGUACAUUGAUAUUCAAGAAGGGGAGAAUUCUAAAGAGUGUAAAGAAUCUCAUUUAUUGGGUUAUAAUCCAAAAGCCCGGCCCGAAAGUAGUACAAAACAACUAUUCAUUGGUGGUAGUGGUUUUAAAGGUUCUAAUAAUGGUUUGGCUGAUUUAAACGAGCCCAUUAUAAUCGAUGACGAUGAUGAUGAUGAUGAGGGUCCAUCAUCUGUCGAUUUUCUUGGCAAGGCUAAAGGGAUCCAUCAGCUUGCUAAGUCUAGUGCACGCAAUGGAUUUUCGGUAAAUUCAUCUUUUGAAAGUAAAGUUGGUACAAGAGGACUGCUCUCUCAUAUAUCUGAAGCAGGAUCUUCUAGGGGUAAUAACUACUACUCGCCAGCUCAAACUCGUCAACCGGAUAAGUUGUUUUUACCUUCCCACCAUCAUGGAACAAAUCAAAAUGGUUGCUAUUACAAUAGGGAAGAUGUGUGGAGGAGGGAUAAUAAGCCUCGACAGAUUCUAGAAUCUUCUUCCAUCAGAAAUCACAGCUCUUCUUCUUACUUCACCACUUCAUGGGCUCAUCCCGUCCCACAUUGGGCCAGCCCAACUAGUAGCUCGGCCCAAAAGCCGUCAACCGCAUUCGAAACGCGCCUUAAACCUUUGUUCUCCCAAAGAAACAAUGACACGUCCACCUCAGCAUCAUCGAAACAAGUAAAAAUGCACCUGCCGUUGACCGGCGUUGACUAUCUUAAUAAUGGUUCCAGAAUUUUCUCAAAUGGGCCUUGUCUGGCAGGCCCGAAUAAGCCUGUGAUCGAUAUUAACUCAAUACCACAGGAUACAAAUGGAGAAAGCAAGCCCGAAGAAGACUGCCAUCUACUUUCCUUGCCUUGGCUCAAGCCCAAGCCCAAGCCCAGGCCCGUAACCGAUUCUAAUGUUAACAAAAUUCUCGGAAUUCCCAAUUUCGAAAAAAGCACACCUGCUGAGGCAGUAAAAAAUGUCGGUAGUAAUGAGAGGAAAAACGGGUUGAUUGAUAUAAACAUCGCUUGUGAGCCAGACGAGCCUGUUAUUACUUCAGAAGAAAGAGAAACUUGUAAAAAAAAUGUCGACUUUAUCAGAGACCGAGUAAUCGACUUAAACUCCUCGUGCCUAAGUGAUUGCGAAGAUUAUCCACUGCCAAAUAACGAACGAAGAACGGCCGCCAGCGUAAAAAUAACCCUCGAAAUCGACCUCGAAGUUCCCGUUUUUCUUGACAGCGAGGAGGAGGACGAUAGCUUGCUCUCCAAGGAACACACGCAAGAAAACGAGCCAGUAAAAGACGAAAUUCUUCAAAAUGCAGCCGAGACUAUGUUCGCCAUCUCGUCAGCGGCGGGCCCACAAAACGAGGCUCGAUUAGAAGUUUCAUUGUCGGAGGCCAUAAAUUGGUUCGCGGAUGCCAUCUCAUCAUCGUGCCCAAGCCCGGGAAAAGAAAUCGACGAAUUCGAGGCCAUGACUUUGGAAAUUGUCGAGACGAAAGAAGAUGAAUACAUAAUGCCGAAGCCUUUCGUGCUCGAGAUUUCGAAAAACGAGGAAGAAAACGAGGCGAAUGGCUUAGGAAUGAGGUCGAGGAGAGGACAGACGAGGAGGGGUAGACAGAGGAAAGAUUUUCAACGAGAUAUUUUACCGGGCCUGACUACUUUAUCGAGAAAUGAGGUGACUGAGGAUCUUCAGAUAUUUGGUGGGCUUAUGCGGGCCACGGGCCAUUCUUGGAAUUUCGGGCCCACAAGGAGGAAUGGGGGAGGGAGGGGGAGGAGACGGGCGGCAGCAAAUGUGGCGGUCGAGACUUCUUGCUCGAGUCUGUUAAUGAAGCAAAUCGGUAAUAAUAAUAAUAAUAAUAAUAACAUUAAUAGUAAUAAUAUUAUUAAUAAUAGUAAUCGACCGGUUGAGGGUGGUUUGGAGGAGCAGAGGCUGGCUGGGUGGGGGAAGACGAGGCGGCCGAGAAGGCAGAGGUGCCCCGCGGGUAAUAUUUCGACGGUUGUGCUGACGUGA